AUGUCGGAACGACAGUUUUUAGCGACAGGGUGCCAUGCCAAAAUCGAUGGCGUGGGCACUUCGUAUGGCUAUGUACCAACACUAGCAGCAGGCAUUGCCUACCUCACUCUGUUCGGUAUUUCGAUGAUCCUCCAUACGGCGCAAUUUUGCUGGAAGCGGACCUGGUGGUGCUCUGUGUUCAGCAUCGGCUGCCUGGUGGAAAUACUCGGUUGGGCCGGUCGUACUUGGUCUUCCAAAUGCCCAUAUAAUUCAACAGCAUUCCUAAUGCAGAUCUCUACACUGAUCAUUGCCCCGACCUUCUUCACUGCAGGCAUCUACGUCCUGCUAGGUCGAUUUAUUCAAAUCCUCGGCCGCGAAUCGUCCAUCCUCAAGCCGAGCCUCUACCUCUGGAUCUUCUGCACUUGCGAUAUAAUCUCUCUAGUCAUCCAAGCUAUCGGCGGUGGCAUGGCAUCUGGUGAAGCAGAUAAGGUCAACGGCAAUACGGCACCCGGUACUCAUAUCAUGGUGGCGGGCAUUGUGUUCCAGCUCUUCUCAGUGACGAUCUUUGUGCUGUGCGCCGCGGACUUCCUUCGUCGAACCAUGCGCCGUGGCCUCCUUCAAACCCUUCCUGGCUCGACUCCUCUGCUGAUCGCCAUGUUUUUCUCUGUUAUCUGCAUCUACGUCCGGAGUAUCUAUCGUACUAUUGAGCUGUCACAAGGUUGGUCUGGGUACCUGAUUACCCACGAGUCGUACUUUAUCGCGCUGGAUGGAGCUAUGAUGAUUGCUGCUGUUGCGGUCUUUAACAUCAUUCAUCCUGGCUGGCUGCUGCCCGCUAGCUCGGAGAGUCCUUCAUCAAAGCGGCGAUUUUCGUCCGACGAAGUGGAGAUGAACCGACCGGUUUCGGAGGGAUUGCGCUAA